AAUGAAAAUAUUUACAACAUUUUUCCGACGAAUUGACGAUCAAUUAUUGACUCAAACUAACGAGCCGAAUGUCCGAUGAAUAAACGAUAAAGUAUCGAUUGAUAUCUGACUAAAUAUUGUGUGUUGCUAUGGUGAUAACCAGAGUUGGUUUUAUUUCGUAAUGAUAGGGAAUGCAGUGUUCUUGAUUUUCUGUUUGAAUUCAGUUCUUAAAGCACUGUAAUCAUGUCUGUAGCGGCAGCCCAGCUUUCUAAUGAGGAUCUAGAAACGGAAUUUCACAAUGCUAAAGCAUAUUUAUUGAAGACAAGCACUCAUUCAAAUCUCAAUGUUUACGACAAUCUAUCUAGCAUAUUAACUAAACUCUUAAAACAAAAGCCUGAAAAUGCCACAGAACUAUUGGACGACCUCGUACGAGACAGCAAACGAUCAACCUUUAAACCGUCGUUUGAUACUAUCCAGGAUCAACAAGAUGACUCAACUGAAGUUCUACUAGCAAGGGCGCAGCAAACUCUCUUUGAGAGAAAACCAGAUUUAUCAUUUGUGGAACCAGAACGUGAACCGGAGUUGGAUGAAGAUCAGGAAAGUCCAUUACCAGAUAUAAUGGAGCUGGCCAACUACUUUGAACAAGCUGGUGUUGGAUUGAGUAAAGAGGAGACAUUGAGAAUAUUUUUGGCUCUCAAGAAUCUGGUGGACAGCAACCCUAUUAGGAGCUGUCGUUUCUGGGGUAAAAUCCUUGGUUUACAAGCAAAUUACAUCAUAGCAGAAGUAGAGUUUCAUGAGAGCGAGGAUCCUUUGGAUCUUCAAGAGGAUGAAGGAGAAAAAAUCCCUGAUCAAAAUAAUGAAAACCCAGAUACACAACCAGAUAUUAUAAAAGAAGGUGACUUCGAUGUGGAAGAAGAUGAUAUUCCUAGAACAGAGUUCAAGCCUCCUCCAGUGAUUCCUAAAGAAGAUAACAGGGUUGGAUGCAACAAAAAGGCAUACUUUGUUUGCAAUGAAGCUGGUAAGCCCUGGGUAAGGUUACCUCAAGUUACCCCAGCACAGCUUGUUGUUGCUAGACAAAUCAAGAAGUUUUUUACUGGAAACUUGGAUGCUCCUGUUAUAAGCUAUCCACYUUUCCCAGGGAAAGAAGCAGAAUACCUUAGAGCACAAAUUAGUAGAAUAUCGGCAACAACACAUAUCAGCCCUCUUGGUUACUACAUGUUUGAAGAAGAGGAGGAGGAGGAUGAAGAAGGAGCUGUACGUGACACAUUCAUUGUCAACCAGGAAUUUGAAGGUCUCAGCAUUAAUGAUAUGGUAGACCCUGCCUGUUCUAACUGGGUUCACCAUGUACAGUAUGUACUUCCACAGGGGCGAUGUACUUGGUUUAAUCCUUCACAAAAGAAAGAUGAGGAAGAAUUUGAAGAGGAGGAAGAGGAUGAAGAACGAGAAGAACCAGAUGAACCAGAACCAGAAACUGGUCCACCAUUAUUAACACCACUUUCUGAAGACAAUGAGGUAGAUGGAAUGCCCCCAUGGACAACACACAAGUCAUCUACUCUUGUACCUCAAUAUGCUAUUGCUGUGAUACAUUCAAAUCUCUGGCCUGGCGCUCAUGCUUUUUCUGUUGAAAGAAAAUUUGAGAACAUCUACAUUGGAUAUGGGCAAAAAUACAUGGCAGAGAAUUAUAGUCCACCACCCCCACCUGCACCACGAGAAGAAUAUCCAAGUGGGCCUGAGAUAACUGAAGUAGAAGACCCUACUGUUGAAGAAGAAAAGGCCCUUAAAGCAGCACAACAAGAGGCUUUAGAAGCUCAAGAUAUGGAAGAAGAGGAGGAGGAAGAAGAUGAAGAUGAUUAAGAAAAUACUGACAUUGAACUGGUUUUAUUGUAUAUAGUUACUCCUUAAUAUUGUAAAUAUAAAAUAAUAUCCACUGUA